AAAAAAAAAAAAGAAAAAUGACUUUGGAAACUGUAUAUGCAAUUCAUUCAUUUGAAGCUGAAAAUGAUGAUGAAAUACCUUUCCAAGUAGGAGAACCUAUUAUAAUAUUAGAAAAAGAUGAUUUAUAUGGGGAUAGUUGGUGGAAGGGAAAAAAUAUUCAUGGACAAAUUGGUCUUUUCCCUAUGACUUAUAUAUCAUAUGAAAGACCCACUCCAAUAAGUCCUGUAAAUUUAUCUUCAUUUUCAAAUAAUGAUAGUUCUAAAGAUUUACCUGCUACUCCAACAUCUGCUUUGAAUAUGCAUGAAUCAGAUUUGGAUUUACCUUUACCACCUUUUAGGAUGCCAAGUCCAUCUAUUGACGAAACGAUAGAUGAUAUACAAGAUAAAUUACAAAGGAUGGCGAUGAAAACUGAAGAAGAACAAAUAUAUCAAGAUCAAUUAGUUCAACAAAAUCAUAUUUGGUCACCAAAGAAUGGACGUUCUAAUAGUAAAUUAUUUAUGGUUUCCUCUUCAGGAUCUAGUUCUACAAGUAGUCGUAUGUCUUCUACAGGAAAACAACAAAGUUCUCCUCAUUCACAAUUUGAAUCGGUUGAUAUUACAAAGAAGGUUGAAACUCCUUCCCCUUCAACUGCCGUUAAUGGAAGACAACCGGGUGGGUAUCCGCAUCCAGUAUCUUGGAAUGUAGAACAAGUUUGUAUGUGGUUAUCGAAAAAGGGUUUUGAAGCAGAAAUACAUCAUUUUGCUGAGAAUGAUAUUACGGGUGAUAUACUUAUCAAUUUAAGUAUAUCAACAUUAUUAAAAGAGUUGAAUAUAAGUUCGUUUGGUAAACGUGUUCACAUAAUGAACGCUAUUAAUGAACUUAAACGUCAAUUUUCUCUUGGUAGUGAAAAUGAUGACGUAUCAGAUUUGGAAGAAUAUCAUAAUACACAACCCUCAUCAUUCUAUCAACAGAAUAAUAUAUAUUCUCACCAAUCUAUGGAUUCGACUGUAAAUUUACAUCAUCAUUAUGGUGUCCCAUCAAAUCUUUCAUUAUCGCAGUUACCACAGGUUAAUGAAUCAUUUGGUUUUCCUGAUUCUCCAAGGGCUUCUACUACCAAUUUGACAAAAAAUUAUCCACCUACAUAUUAUACUCAUUCUCAGCGAGUCGAUGAUGCAGAAGGCGCAAACAUUGAGACGGUUAACCCGAAAUCAUCCAAUAAGAAGGAAAAAUUAUUUGCGAAAUUAAAUAUUGGAAAAAGAAACACGAAUCCGCCUUUAAAGAUCAAAGAUAAACCACGAACAAGUUCUACGGGAGGAUGGGACUUUAAUAAGGAUCGAAGUAGCUUGGUCGGAAGUCAAUUAGGCCUUCCUAAACGGUCCUUAGAUAUGGAAAAAUUUCAAAACUCAAAACCUAAUCCUUCUCCUUUAUCUGGUUCUAGAAAUACUAAUUAUUUUUUUGAGAAUAUUGAUAAUAAUGGGUAUUUGAAUGAAGAAACGUUUAAAUCAAUCGGAACACCAGAUUAUAGUGGAUGGUUGAAAAAACAGGGAGAUAAAUAUAAGACAUGGAAGUCACGCUAUUGUAUAUUAAAAGGGGUUAAUCUUUAUUAUUUUAAAAAUGACAAGGAGAUUGAAUCAUCACACGUGAAAGGUUAUAUUAAUUUAACUGGAUAUCGUAUAAUUCCAGACGAAAAUUUAUUACACGGAAAAUAUGGAUUCAAGUUAGUUCACGAUGUAGAAAAAUCACAUAAUUUUGCACAUGAAGAAGUAGAUAAACUGAAAGGUUGGAUGAAGGCUAUGAUGAAAGCCACAAUAGAAAGGGACAGUAAAGCCCCAGUUAUUAGUUCAAGUAAUAUAGCAACAGUCCCACUUUCAGAGGCACGUAAAUUGACACCACGUCCACCAGAUCCAAGAAGACCUUCUGUUAGCUCUGCUGCAAUAAAUAAAGUUACAUCACCUAUACUUCGACCAAUUUCUCCAUUGUCACAAAGAACGGGAUCUCCAAUACCAACAAGACCUUUAUCACCUGCAUUUCAAACAAUUCAUAAUUCAACAUCACCAUUAAUGAGACCAUUCAGUAAUAAUAGGUCAACAAUGGGAUUCAUUUAAAAUAAUUCGUUUCUUUUCAAUAAAAAUUAGUAACAGCCAUGAUUUCUCACGCAUCAUAUAUUUAUACACACCUUUAUAACACAUUUAAUGUUUAUAAAAUAUGGUUAUUAUUAUGGGAUUAAGUGUUUUUUUUUUAUUUUAUAGAUAUAUAUUUUAAA